AUGGUGUCAUCAGAAGAUUUCAGUUUUCCAAAGAUCAACUACCCUCUUCCUAAUUUUGCAAUCUCUCCAUCGUUGUGGCGAGUCUCUUCUAUAGUUUAUCCGGAUUCUCACGACGCCGGCGAAGCGAGAGAAGAAGCAGAUGUUUCAAGGAGGAGCUUCUCUGUUUGCUAUCUAAAUGAAGAUAAAUUAUCCAAGAAAGAGUGCGGCGAGGAGAAGAUGGACAUGUUGUGGGAGGACUUCAACGAAGAAAUCGAAAGGGUCGUUUCGAAUUCAUCGAUGAAGGAGGAGCAGGAGGAGAAGAAAGAGACGGUAAAAUUAUCAAGCGGGCAUGGACCCCGUUCAAGUGAAACGAUGGUUGAGCUUUGUUGUGCUCAAGCUUUGCAGAUGUCCAGUUCGGGAAGGCCUAGCAGCAGUAGUACUAGUAUCGUAGUGGUCAUGAAGAUUUUGAAGAAACUUUUCUUGCUUAAAAAAUUCCCAUAG